AUGUCGAUGACGGUACAGGAGUAUCUCGAUCGCCACAAGCUGUCGCUGCGGAUAGAGGAGGCCGUCAAUGCGGCCGCUCGUCAUCUACAGCGCGCAGCCCCAUCAGUCAUUCUAACUGUCAAGGGGCGCAUGGUGCUGGACGCACGGGGGGAGCCGACAGUGGAGGAGGAGAUUGGCUCUCACAGGAACCACACACCCCCAUCCAUGUCCCCCACUAUGUUCCUUUAUCUUCCCCAGGCGCGGCACUUGCAGUGCGCAGCCCCGUCAGUGAUUCUGACUGUGAAGGGGCGCAUGGUGCUGGAUGCGCGGGGGGAGCCCACGGUGGAGGCGGAGCGCGCAGCCCCGUCGGUGAUUCUGAGCGUCAAGGGGCGCAUGGUGCUGGAUGCGAGAGGGGAGCCCACAGUGGAGGCGGAGGUGGGCUCACACAGGGGCAAGUUCCGCGCCUCUGUUCCCACCGGCGUUACAUCUGGCAUCUAUGAAGCAGUGGAAGUGAGGGAUGGGGACGAGGGGGAAUUCUUCGGGAGGGGCGUGCAGCGGGCGGUGGGGAAUGUGAGUGAGGUGAUUGCAGCAGCGGUGGUGGGGAGGGACCCGCGCGAGCAGGGCGAGAUUGACCGGCUUAUGGCGGCCGAGCUUGAUCAGACAGACAACAAGGGCGAGCUUGGUGCCAAUGCUAUUCUCGCCGUGUCUCUGGCGGUGUGCCGGGCAGGCGCGGCAGAGAGAGAGCUGUCACUCCACAAGUACAUCGCCUCCCUGGCAGCGCUGCCCCACCCUUCUCUCCCCGUGCCUGAGUUCGCCCUCCUCUCGGGCGCCCUCACGCCCUCCUCUGCCGCCUCGCCCCCGUUCCAUUCACUCUCCAUUCUGCCAGUGGGAGCAUCCACAUUUGCAGAGGCUGUGCGGAUUGGAGCAGAGGUGCAGCACUGCUUGCAGGCACUUGCAGCAGAACGGUUUGGAGCAGCAGCAGCAGCGCUGGUGACUGACGAUGGCAGCUUGGGUCUGCCGCUCACAAG